UGACAUCGGACAGGGUUGGCGGAUCCCUUGCUUGGCGGUGGUGGGGGCAGGAGAUGGAGGGUCCCGCCGACUAUGUGCAGAUCGCGGCCGUGGCCGCUCCCGCCGAUGGCGCACUCUAUACGUCACAGAGCAAAGCUCUUGCUACACCUGUUCGUGCCGGGCGGCCGCGGCGAUACACCUGUUACCUGAGCGCUACCGUACGCCCACCUGAGCCAGGUAAUCGCGGCACACCUUGACAGCGCUAUACUCUCCGCGCGAUUUUAUUGAAAUGGAAGAGGGAAUGAAUAUGUCAGGUGAAUUUUAUAAUGAUGAGGUCAGGCUUGGGGAAAAGUCCCGCGCUUCACCUUCAUCCCCAUUGUUUGAUGACGAUUUUCAACCAAAGAGAACUGGUACCCUAACUGUGCGCCGAAAGAUAUAUCCUGAUAAUAGCAACAAUGGCAUCUGCUGCCCUUUUUGUACAAAGAAUUUGAAAACAAAGAAACUGUUGGUGAAGCACAAAGCAACUUGUUCUAACAACCCAUCAAAGUUACCAAAAUUUCCCUGUGAAAAAUGCAACAUGCAAUUCACAAGGAAAGACAGUCUCAAGAAGCAUGUUUCUCUAAAUAGAUGUUCAGCUACUUUAAACAAAAAGACAAAGCCUCGGCACUUGUGCUUAUUUAAUGAAUGCAGUUUCAAAAGUUGGCAUAAAACUGACUUAAUUCAACAUCUUAAGGAUUCACACUCUGGCGAAGCUAAAAUACUACCCCAACAAAAUUUUAAAUUUGAUAACUGGGCACAUUUCAUAAACUGGAAGGAUGAAGAAGAGAAACAACAGUACAGCUACUUUUCAGAGCAGUAUGGAAAAAAAGAUGGCCAUUCUUAUUUUUACUGCCAGCAGGAUGGUCCAAGACGUGCCAAAAUAAAUUCAAAAAGUUCCAGUGAUCUUGUGGAAGGAGAGAAUUCUGAAGAUGAAGAUUCAUCACAAGAUGACGGACCAGCAUUCAAACGGAGGAAGAGGAGCUGCAACAAAAAAGGCAGAAUGAAGACAGGAUUCAACUGCAUAGCUAUGAUGAAAGUUUUAGAAACCAAGACAGGUGUGGAGGUGCAGUAUUUUCCCACACAUAACCAUGUCCAGUAUGAGGCUGAUCUGAAGCAUCAGCCCCUCACUGAGGCAACAAAUUCGUACAUAAACAAGCACUUGGCAUAUGGUGCUUCACCCAGAAAGAUUGUUAAAACUUUGAGAGGGGACAAGUUUUCAAGGGAAAACAGAAAAAGACAAGACAUGAAACUGACAAGAAAUGACUUCAUCACUAUAAAAGCACUACGAGAACGUAAGAGAAAAAUGGCUGCAGAAAAAAGUUUACAUUCAAAUGAUUCUGAUGCUGUACGAAUGAGAGUUGAGACAUUAAGAGAAGAGAAUUAUAAUCCAGUAUUAAUAUACAAACCUAAAGGUUAUGAGCUGAAGUAUGGACCGGAGUCAGCCAAAAAUCUUCCUAAAGAUGUGUUCAUGCUGGGUCUGCAAACAGAAGAACAAGCAGAAAUGAUGAGAAUGGCAAGUAGCACUAUACUGAUUGUUGACGCCACCCAUGACAUGGACCAGUAUGGUCACCAGCUUUUAAAUGUUGUAGGAGUUGAUGAGCUGAACAGAGGAUAUCCUCUUGCACAUUUAAUUAGUAGUAGUAUGAAAGAGGAUUAUUUGCAGUACUUUUUUGAGGCAUUGAAACUAAGGUUGCCUGAUUUAGAGAUUAAUUGUGUCAUUACUGACGAUGACCCUGCAUUGAUCAACUCCAUGAAUAUGGGCUUUCAAGAACUAAUUAGACAUAUUUUGUGUGAUUGGCACUUCAAGAGGACCAUUCAGGGCCAAUUACAUACAAAAGUUAAAAACACAGAGCUUGAAGAUCAGAUGUUUAAGGAGCUCUGUGUAGUAAUAGAUCUGACCCAAGAAUCAGAGUUUAACCUUGCGUUAGAUACUUUUACAAAAAAAUAUGGAAAUUUUAAAAUGACUAAAUUAUUUAUAUCUUAUUUCAAAGCAACUUGUGUUCCAAAGAAAAUGAAAUGGGCCAAGUGUUACAGAAGGUUUCCACAUGGAAACGUUGAGACUACUAUGUAUGUGGAAUCUUUUCAUAAUAUUUUAAAAACAAUAUACUUAAAGAGAAAACCUAACAAGAGGAUUGAAACACUUGUGAAUCUACUUUUGGAGGUUGAAGAGGAUUACUACACCAGAAGGCAGACAACCAUAAAUACUGUUGCACCAAGAGAACAGUAUUUUCAAUAUAUUUCUGAACGGCAUCUGAGAGGUGUAAAUAUUCCAUGUGAUGCCGUCCAGGAAUAUGAUGAAAAUGGUUCAAAGUAUUGGAUCAUUAAAUCUCAGUCCAUACCAGAUAUGGAGUAUAAAGUUUUUAAAAAAUCAGACACAUGCACACAACCUGGUAUGUGUUUUUUUCAGUGUCAUGCAACAGACUGCUAUGACAAUCUUUGUGCUCAUAUGUACAUGUGCACAUGCCCUGAUGAAAUUCUUCUGUGUAAGCACAUUCACAAGGUGCAUUCGAAAUUUUCUGAAAACACACAACCUGAUACUUCAAAACAAACGGAAUCUGCAGUUGUUGAAUUUCACUACAUAGAAGAGAAUAAUGGUAAUUCCAAUAACGAAAAUAAUGAAAACACUAGGCAAGACAAAGAAGAGGAAGAUCUUUUGAAGUCUUUAGAGGAACUUUCAAAUCAUAUUAAGAAUGAUUCAGUUAAAAAAACUUUAUAUCCUUACUUGAGAGGUAAUAUUAAAGCAAUGUUAGCUGAGUGCCGUUCAGUUGUGGAUCAGGAUGUGAGCGACAAAAGUAUGCCAGGAAUGACAGCAACUGUAAAACACACAUCCCGAGAAAAAUUGAAACGACAAUUAAAACCCUUUACAAAGAAGAAACUAUCAAAAAAACAACUAAGUUAUGAAAAAAGCAAAACUCCAAAGUUUCAAGAGAAGGCUGAUAUCAAGAGGAAUUUGUUAGCUUCAACCUCUUCAAGUAUUGAUAAUAAUAGCUGUGCUAGUCCUUGUGUUCCCUUUAAUGAAAGUUCCCUUAAUAAUGAUCAUGAAAUCGAACUGGACCCUGACACACCAUUUAGUGAAGUAGUUCGCACAACAACUUUCAAUCAACCAGCAACAAAACCUUCAGUACAAUUUGUUUCUCGACCCAUUUUCACUCAUGGAAAGCCGUCAACAAAAUUAAGAGAUAAGCAUAACAUACUACUAUAA